AUGAUAGGAACAACUCAUCAGAGGAGCAGCAGCGAGGACAAUGUGUACCAGACCCGGAGCCGAGGGGCCCUGGGCUCUGACAGUAACAGGCGCCGCCCUGGACAAUGCGGCCACUAUGACUACCCGGCACCACCUCACCACCCUGGCGGGGCUCCAGCCCCCAGUGCAGCCCCUCCCAUCCCAGAAGGCCCCUGGCCGCACGCCGCUGCUUGGUCCCUGCCGCCACCGCCGCCACCGCCUCCACCUGCGAGGUGCUCCGAGGUGCUCGGGAGAGAAAGGGCCACGGCGAGGGGCGGGGAGAGAGGCGCCUCAGCCCGCGAGCCCUCGGAGCUGGGUGGUGCCUUGAUCAUCUUUCUUCUGGCUUUGAUCAGUGUUAAGAGAAUUAAUCCCUUGGUGUUUCAAAGCUCAGGUAAAACUUUUAUCAAGAGCAGAGCUGCACGCGCACGCGGGAAAGGGAAGGGCGCGGGGUCUAGAAAGGAGGGGUUAAGUCCCCUGGUCCCCCCGGUUUCCCUCGAAUGGGAUGGAAUAAGGGGAGGCAAUGAUCGAGAGGGCGCGGAGAAGGAGCCGUUUCUGGUGCCAGCCCCGCCGCCGCCGCUCAAAGGUGAGUGGGACGGAGGCGGCGGCCCCACGGGGCAGCCGCGAGAGGCCGCCUCCGGGGAGCUCCGCGGCGGGACGCAGCGCGGGCCGGCUGCAUCCACCCCUCCGGGCGGCCGGUCGCAGCAGCAACGAGGGGGCGGCCCCCAGGCGCAGUCGCACGGGGAGGCCCGCUUGUCCGAUCCCCACAGGCGAGCCGCUCCCCCGGGCGUGGGGGAGGAGCGACGGGGAGGGGGCAGAACAGAACUGGGUCCCCCUGCCACCCCUCGACCCGGUAAUGGCUAUCAGCCCCACCGACCCCCUGGGGGAGGUGGGGGGAAGAGGAGAAACAGCUGUAAUGUAGGGGGAGGUGGUGGAGGCUUCAAACAUCCAGCCUUCAAGAGGCGCAGGCGGGUUAAUUCAGACUCUGACUCUGUCUUGCCUUCCAGCUUCCUCCUGGAGGGCAGUAUCUUUGAUCCGCUGAACCUGAAUAGCCUCCUGGAUGAGGAAGUGAGCCCGCACUCAAUGCAGAGACCCCCUAAGUCAUCCCCACUUCCGGCCAAGGGGCGAGAUCCAGUGGAUAGCCUCAUCCCCAAAGAUAUUACUGACCCUCUCAGUCUGAAUACUUGCACUGAUGAGGCCCAAGUAGUUCUUGCUUCACCACUCAAGACUGGUCGGAAGCGGCAUAGACACUGGGGACAGCAGCAGAAGCAGAGGCAGUCAACUGGAGGGAACGAUAGCCACUCUGUGCUUCCCACAGCCCCCCACUCCCUCACUCCCUCACUCCAUGGGGAGGGCACCACACAGCAGCAGCGGCAUAGGGGCCAAAACUGGGACGUCCCCCAACCCUAUGAAAUCAACACAGCCAUCAACUGCAGGGAUGAGGUCGUGUCACCCCUUCCAUCUGCCCUGCAGGGUCCCUCAGGCUCCCUUUCAGCCCCUCCAGCUGCCUCAGUUACCUCUGCACCCCCAUCUUCAUCCUCACGACAUCGCAAACGUCGCAGGACUUCCAGCAAGUCAGAGGCAGGGGCUCGGGGUGGAGGCCAGGGUCCCAAGGUAAAGGGCCGAGGGAGUGGGGGAGGCCGCCACCAGGUCCACCCACUACCUGCAGCAGGUUUCAAAAAGCAACAGUGCAAGUUCCAGUAUGGGAAUUACUGCAAGUACUGUGGGUACCACAAUCCUUCUUGUGAGGAUGGGCACCUUCGGGUGUUGAAGCCUGAGUGGUUUUGGGGUUGGGACGUCCUAGAUCUGGGCAGCAAUGUGGGCCACCUGACCCUGAGCAUUGCCUGUAAGUGGGGCCCAUCCCGCAUGGUGGGCCUGGAUAUUGAUGGCCAGCUCAUUCACUCCGCCCGCCAAAACAUCCGACACUACCUGUCCGAAGACCUGCGUCUGCCACCCCGGACUUCUGAAGGGGACCCAGGAGCAGAGACUGAGGAAGGGACCACAACUGUCCGAAAGAGGAGCUGCUUCCCAGCCUCACUGUCAGCCAGUCGGGGUCCCAUUUUUGCACAAGUGCCCUUGGUUGGAGCUGACACAUCUGUCUUCCCCAACAAUGUUGUCUCCGUCACAGGUAACUAUGUGCUGGAUCGAGAUGAGCUGGUGGAGGCCCAAACACCAGAGUAUGAUGUGGUGCUCUGUCUCAGCCUCACCAAGUGGGUGCAUCUGAACUCGGGAGACGAGGGGCUGAAGCGUAUGUUUCGCCAGAUCUACCGGCACCUACGUCCUGGGGGCAUCCUGGUCCUGGAGCUUCAACCUUGGUCAUCUUACGGCAAGAGAAACACCCUUACGGAAACAAUCUACAAGAACUACUAUCGAAUCCAGCUGAAGCCAGAGCAGUUCAUUUCCUACCUGACAUCCCCAGAGGUGGGCUUCUCCAGCUAUGAGCUUGUGGCCACACCCCACAACACCCCAAUGGCCUCCAAUGGCCUCCAGCAUCCUGUGUACCUGUUCCACAAGGCCUGUUCCCCCAGCCACUAAGUGGCCUCCUUUACAGAAAGUGUGCAGAAGCUGCCUGCUGCUCCUAAGGACCUGGGGGAAGAGGAAAGUAUCCCAAGGUCUUUCCUUUCUGGCUCCAAAAAUAGUUUCCUUUCUUGGAUCUGCAAAGAAAGCUUUUCCUGUGUUGCUGCCCCAUCCUCUUCCCUACAUCUCUGGCACCUAAGCAAGCCCAGCUGUG